AUGGGAAAUACUAACCAAAAUAGUGAUAAGACAAAAUUACCACCCUUGAAAAGAGUUCUAUCUAAUCAAAGGUUAGUUUUACCAUCACAAAGAUUAAUAAGAAUACCUUCAAAAUCUUCAAGAUCAGUUUCUCCAACAAGAAAUAUGUUUUCACCUAAUCCAGUAAGUCCAUUAUAUCCAUCUUCAUUAUCACCGCCGCUUAAGAAACCUAGAAAGGAUUCUGAAAAACAAGAACACAUUCAACAAAAGCAGCAACAAGAACAGCAACAGCAGCAGCAGCAACAACACCAACUACGUCAACAACCAGAAGAAUCUACAUCAAGUUCAUUUCUAGGUAAUAGUUUUGCUAAUUUAAGUUAUACAAGAAGUCAACCACUUAAAGAUCAAACACCGCCUAUUGAAAAUGAAGAUCAGAAAUUUUUUCGAUUAGCUAAAGAAGCUUUAGUAGCAACUGCAAAAGGUGCAGCAGCAAAUAAAAAUAAAGAUGGAGGAACAAAUAAUGGAGAAUCUUCAGGAAUAAUUGAUUCUACAUUACAAGAUUUAUUAACUAGAUUACAAUAUGCUAGUGCUCCUCAUGGAAAUCCAUUAGCUCAAUUGAGUAAUUUACGUAGAAAUUCAAUUGGUAUGGUUGAUAUACUUGAUGGUUAUGAUAAUUUUCCUGAUUUUAAUAAUAAUAUUUUCAGAAAUACACCUAAUGAAGCUAUUGUUGAUUCAACAAGACAUCAUCCUUCAGGAAAUGAACCUGGUUGGAAUUUCCUACUUGGAGAAGAAUCAAUUGCUAUUAAACAAUCCAAUGAGGAUAAUAAUAGUGGGCAUCAAGAAGAGCAACCCGAAGAAGAUCAAAGAGAACGAUCUAUUGGGAAGCAAAGAAAAAAGAAACUAUUUCAUAUAGAAGAACCAGAACAUGAUGAUGAUGAUGAUGGAGAUUUUAUAGAAGGGACAUCUAAGAAACUACCGAAUUCAUCAGGACGUAAAUAUUCUCAAGAUCCAACUAGGAAAUUUCCUUGUGAUAAAUGUCCAAUGUCAUUUAGAAGAUCAUCAGAUUUGAAAAGACACGAAAAACAACAUUUGAGUAUUCCACCAAAUAUAUGUGAACAUUGUGGUAAAGGAUUUGCCAGAAAAGAUGCCCUUAAAAGACAUAUUGGAACAUUAACUUGUAAAAGAAAUGCAGAUAAGAAAUUAUAUGUUGAAAAUUUAAAUUAUCUUCAAAAUAAAUCAAAUAUAUCUCAAUAUGAACAACAAUCAGAUGAUGAAAUGGGAGAUGAUGAAAAUGAAAAUGACGAUGAUGAAGAUGAAGACGAGGAUAGUAUUAAACGACAGUUUCCAACUUAUGGAUAUCAAAAAGAUUGGUAA